AAAACUUAAAAUGCGCAUACUUUUCUGCUGUGUUUCGCUAUAUUGAUGUAGUGCAAACUGAUUAACCAAAAAACCGUUUUGGAGGAUAGUGGACGCGCUUACUUACGAGUCGUAGAGAGAAAAGCCAUAAUAUCGGACUUUUAGCAUUUUACAAGCCUACUAAUGGCCAACUGCUGUCCUACCUCGACCAUGACCUUCAUCAUGUACUCGUAUGGGAUGGAGAGAAUCAUUAUUUUCUCUUCCAAAGAAGCUCCUAUCCGGGACCUCGUUGGUACACUCAAACUCGACGACGGAUGACACAGAGGAAAAAACACAAUCCUUACCAUGUCACCUGCUAGGCGUUGUUUAAUCUUUCCUGAUAGUCCUUUGACAUGAAGGAAGUUCACAAUCCUUUAUAUUUGGAUCAUUCUGGGUGGUUUGGUGAUUGCUAUUAUUGAUUAAAUACAUAUUUCUUCAGGAUAGUCGUUAAGCUUAAGUUAUAAACAGCUAAAUUUUGUUAAACGAAUUGUGAGCUACUAGAUUUGACAUCUUUUUUUUUUGUGAAACCAUAAUAUUGUACGUCUGUUUAAAAUGAUGAUAAGAAUAAAAAUCAAGCAGCC